CAUUCAAACGCGAUCGCCGGCCAAACAACUCCGCUUUGGUUUCCGCUUUUGGGCCAACUGCUCUGGGACUACCGUUACAAAACCGAAGAUUGUUGGAUUCGAGUAAAAAAACCAUGGCAAAGUUGAAUGCUCUGCUGCUGGCCCUCUUUGUGUGCGUUGUGGCCCUCCUAGUGCACACAUCGUAUGCCACAGUUCAACCAAAGGCCCCAAACUUCCAGUACUUUGAAAGACCCAAGUACCGUUAUCCCUACUACGAUGAACAUGGACGGGGAAAACUGUUAUACGGCUAUGGAGGACCGGAACUGUAUCAGUACAAGACCUAUACGCCACUGGAGGGCAUACACUGAGCCAUUAUUAAUGACUAUUUAAACUAUAGCUGAUAAAUUUGAUAACUUAUGUAAUUUUGCUUUAUUUAAUAUAAUGUAUUGAUUUUUU